AUGAUUAUCAGUCUUAUUAUAGCUAUUGGACUUGGUAUCUGUUCUCUCUUGAUUAUCAUUUUUGAUACAACAUGUCAUACAUUACCAAUGAUGUUAGUUGCGAAUUCAAGUUUAACACAAAUUCUAUUUGCAACUGUUUUACUCAUGAUGACUAUAUUUUCAUUAGAAAAUGAUAUCAAACAACGUUAUUAUUAUGAUUUAUUUUGUAUAAUUCGUGGUUAUUUAAGUUAUGCUUCAUGUACAGCAAUGAAUUAUUCGUUUUUAUUACAAGCAAUCUAUCGAUAUUUAAUAGUUUUUUAUCCAAUUAAUUUAUUUUGGCAGUCAAAACGAAUUCAAAUGUUACUUGUCGUUGUAACAUGGAUGUUCUCUUAUAUAUACCCAUUCGCGUUUAUAUUUACAGGUGAUAUUACUUAUAAUUCUAGUAAUCAAUUAUGUCAAAUUCCAUUACAUCUUUCUUUUUCACUUCUUUUUGUUAUAUUCAAUGGUUAUCUUGGUCCUGUAAUGGCAAUACAAAUAAUUUAUUUAAAAUUAGUUCGAUAUGUAAAAGAGAUCAGUAAACAGGCGCUAACAACUAGGAAUAAUUUACCACGUAUACGAAGAGAAUUGAAAAUGGUUCGUCGUAUAGUUACAAUCACUGCGAUAUUAGUUAUACUUGGUUUACCUUACACAUCAUUUCUAUUUAUGUCAUUUUUUACUCAGCCACCCACAUAUUAUUAUCGAAUAUCUGCUAUAUUUACGAAUCCAUCAUUAAUAUUUAUUAUGAUUGCUUUAUUUCAGUUUACAGAUCCAUUAAAAUCAUUUGUAAUGAGAAAAAUAAACUUUCGGCGAGAAACAGUGGUACCAACUGUAGGACAAAGAUGA